AUGGAAAUAUUACAGAACUUUUUGCUUUUCGUGUUAACACUUACUGCAAGUAUAUAUGUUUGUAAUAGUGCUAAAAUAAACACUCCAAGAGUGCUGUUACCAUGGUUUGAAAAUUUAUAUGUGAAUUUCACAUUUGAAAUUAUCGAAGGUGGCUGUUAUAAAUGGAGUUUGUCUCGCGAUGACAUCAUUGAUCUUGAAGCCCUUUACGAUGAUUCCUGGGGUCACUGUUCUCGCGCCGCUCGGGUUUCGGUUUCAAAAACGUGUUUACCACCUGGUUCAGUUAUUAUUCUAGCCGAAGAAGUGAACACCGGUGAGAUAUUGCGUGGUGAUGUUGAUGUUGACAUAAUUAGUUCAUUAAAAAUAACAAGUACAACUUGGAAGCUCUUUUUAGAAGAGGCACCAGAAGCUUUUGAAGUUGUUGCAUAUGAUGAUCAAGGUAACAAGUUUUCAACAUUGGAAGGGAUCAGCUUCAGUUGGACUGUGGAGAAUAUUGGUAAUAGUUAUGGCGAGGAUCCUUUAGUUGCUUUUGUACGCUGGCGUGACACAGACUACGAAGCUCCUCCCGGCAUUGCAGAACUGGAAGCCAAGGGUCUUAAGUCAUAUUCAUUACUUUUGUAUGGACAAGCAAUGGGAGAAUGUAAGGUUACAGUAUGUCUAGAAGACAUUUGCACAGAUUUCGACUUAAAAGUUGUAGCUAGUGUUGUGCUAAUGCCAGCUACAGCUGUUAUAGCACAUGGUGAUACAUUGAGAUACAAAGUUGUUAGAAUGCGCGCAGGCCGUCUCACUGUACAAAAUGUAGUAGACACAUUAUACAGUUUAAAAGUACCGGACAAUAACAUAGUCAAAUUAGAAGAUGCAAUUAGCUUAGUUCGAGGCACGGAAAUUGGUACAACCACUGUCUUUCUGAUGUCAGGACUGACUGAAGUAGCUACAGCUUUAUUAACAGUGUCUGAACCUGAUAGCAUUCGAGUUACUUUAAGACCAGGGAAUUUGGUAAUCUAUGGUGAAGAAUUUGUGAUACAUUGCGUAGUGUAUGAUGCUGAGGGACGUGCUUUAACUGCUGGUGAAGAAACGCUCAUUCGUUUGUCAGUUGAAGGAGAAGCUAAUAUUGAUUUAAUAAGGUCAACUGAAAACGGUACGAUAACUGAUGCAAUGGCGCAGAAUUCAGGAUCAUUUACAAUAACAGCAAGAUUGUAUUCAAUUGCCGGCAAGACUUUAAUGACCAAGAUUGAAGGACAAGCUUCAGCAGUAGCAGUAGAACCACUGGAAGUUGUGCCACCUGAACUCUUUGUUGCAUGGACUGACAGCAUUCAAGAAGUACCGUUGAAACAUAGCGGCGGAGGCGAUGAACCAGUAGUGUGGUCUGAGAGUGAGACGGAGCUGCAGCCGCAGAGCUCCUUCUCGCUUGCACCCACGGGUGUCGUUACUGUACGCGGCGUGGGACAAUUGGACGUCAAAGUUCAGCUGAAGAAGUAUUCGCAUGUACGAGCACAUGGAAGAAUAUUUUCAGCUCCACCAGAACUAGUACAGGUGUCGAGUUCUGGUCACGCGCGUAUCGGCCGACCUCAUCAUUUGCACAUUGCGCUCACGGCUACUCAUCCUGUCACUGGAGAACUCUAUAAUUUCGACUUGUGUAAUUGCGCAUCAUUUUCCGUAUCGCUGCUUGAAGGUCCUGAACCACUAAAUGUGACGGCUGCUACUUGGGUCCAGCCUGUAGAGGGCGCGUGCUGCGUGGUGCAGUGCGUGUGGGCGGCGCGCGGCGUGGCGCUGGUGCGCGCGGGGCGCGGCCGCGCGACCGCGACGGCGCGCGUGCUCGUGCGCGCUGCGCCGCGCUUGCGCUGGCCGCCGCACGCCGCCGCGCUGCUCUCCUCACAAGCGCCGGUGUUAGCUGAAGGAGAGGCCUUGGUUCCAUCGUCAAGUGAUCCCCGUGUUGCCGAGCUAAGCUAUAGAGACGGACCGCCGCCACACAAAUAUCCAGAACUCCAACUCUUUACAUUCAAGUGCCGCAGGAAAGGCGACGCACGUCUUGAAAUAGCCUCGUCGUCUACCGAAGAGCGUGAAACCGUGGACUUUGAAGUGGCUUGCGCUCCACAUGUUUCUAGGAUACGGUUAGAGGCACCUCCUAGUCCCGGCAACUGUUCGGGUGGACCUAAAUUGUGGCUGCGCCCUGGCCAAGAAGUAUCUUUAAAAGUGACUUUAAUGGAUGCUAUUGGAAGAGAACUUUUAGACGAACACGGUCCGCGAGUAUCAUGGGAAUCCCAACCUAAUCACGCUGGAAUAGAAUUCAAAGCCACAGAUCGUCUAUUUGUUGAAACUGAUCCAGAAUAUGCACCAGUUCCAGUGCCGCUUAAAUAUUAUCAGUUAUUGGUAGCAGACAAACAAGCUGUUGGAUGGACAGGUUCAAUCAAAGCCAGCAUACCUGAGGCGACUGCUAACAUACAAGCAAGAGUCGUAGCGCCUUUACAAUGUGAUCCAUUAAAGGUGAACAUUGCAUGGGAAGGUGAGUCAGUAUCAAACAUUGCAACAGUAACGGGAGGAAGUGGAAAGUACGGUGUGGAGGCCGCAAAGGGUGUAACAGCAAGCAUAGAGAAUGGAGUCCUGACUGCUGCUGUACCAGCACCGGGAAUUUACGAUCUUGUUGUCACUGACCUGUGUGUGCAGGGAGAGAGACAAGUGGUUGAGGUUAAUAUAGAAGAAGUUUUAAACGUGGAAGUGGAGACGACGCGUGCCGUUUGUGUUGGAGGCUGUGUGCCAAUAACUGCCCUUGUUAAAGGAACAUCCCAGCGAUAUUUAAGCAGUAGCGGCCCUCCGGAAUGGCGAACCGUUGGCAACAUUAAAGUCAAGGAUGGCAAAUUGUGCGGACUUCAAGAAGGAUCGGGAAGGGUGCGAGCGUCACUUGCUGGUGUUUGGAGUCCCGAGUUAGAGGUGGUGGUGUUCCCGGCACUGGCGGUUGUGCCAUCGCGCGCGCGCGUUCCGCCGGGCGCGCGGCUGCAGCUGCGGCACGCCGGCGGCCCGCCCGCGCACCUCGCGCGCCUGCACUACCGCGCCGCACACCACACCGACCGCAUACACAUAUCUCCAACUGGCUUAGUCCAUGGGUUGGCGAUGGGAACUGCUCAUGUCAAACUCGUGGCGACCGACAUAGCUAACGUGGAAAUGGCAAGCGCUGAAGCGGAAAUUGAGGUGGUUCCAAUCUCAGGCCUACGAGUACAUGCGUCAACGCAAAAUCUGUUAGUCGGUUCUCCUACUCCGGUGUGGGUGGAAGCAGCUGGUCUGACUGCGGCUGCGUUGUCCGCCGUACAGCCACCUCCGCGCGUGACAUGGACGCUCAGAGACUCUACUACUGCACGACUUUAUACUGGACAUGUUGAUGAUCAGCUGGAGAGAUCGGUAGCAGAAGGUCUGUCUGUGAGGGUUGUGCCAUUGAAACCUGGUGUAAUAACCAUUGAUGUCAGAGUUCGCAAUAUGGGCCAGGUGGCUGAAACUCGAUCAUGGGACAGCGCAAUCGAGAUCCUAGGUAUUUCAGAAAUUCGUACAUCCGUUGAAGGGCUUCCAACUGAAUUGGCAUCUGGUGAUAGACUUGCAAUCGCUGUCGGGUCAACUAUUCGUCUUAAGUCUGUACCGAGAAGUGUUUGGACGGCGUAUGGCGAUGGAGUGUUUGAUUUAAGCCCAAAUGGAGAGGUGAAUACUUUACGACCAGGCCAUGGAGUGAUUGUAGCUCAACAUAAGGAUGACAGAAAUAAUAUUUACAGAGAGAAAGCCAUUCACGUGGAGGUGUCGGUACCGCACUAUUGCACAGCAGAGCCGUCUGGUGACCAGGACGACGAUUCGUUACGAGUUGUAUUAAGAAAUUCUAUUGGCAGAGAGCUGCUGGCUCCUGGGGCCAAUGUAUCUGUCAACUCGCCUGUGCCAGCACAUAUAAGGCGAGCCGCUAACAGUGCUUUAGGCAAUGAAAUUAUAUUUACUGGCUUAGAGCCUUCAGGCGCGUUUAUGAGUUUCCAAGCGACAGCCAGUGGAGUCACAGUUACUGAUGAAGUUCUAGUGGUUGGAGCUGAUUCGCAAGGAAAUCGAAUUGUUGCGACGGGCGGCUGGGCAGUGUGCGUGGAGGGCGUAGGGUGGCGCGCGGGCGGUGCGGUGUCGCUCCAUGAGGGCGCCGGCGUCACGCUGUGCGUGCUGGCGCGCGCGCACGCCGCUCGGCACGCGCUGCGCCGCGACCGGCCGCCCGCCGCGCUCGCGCUGCACCAGGCGCCGCUGCACAAGAUGGAGUUCCUUCCCGGAGAAUGGCCACCAACAAUGGUACCGCUGGCCUUUGAAGCAAUCGGUCUCACUUCAGGCCCGGUUCUAUGUACUGAAGAGCAGAAAUACGCGUUGGAGGGAGUGCAAGUGGAACUUCCAUACACGUGUCGAACAGAAGCUCCGUAUACUGCUCAGCCUGUCCUUGAUCUACCCAAUGGUCAAAUGGGCUGCUCAAUAAUCCCGGCAAAACCGGUCGUGGAACCAACGGAAGUCGAGAUUUGCGCAGAGUGGGGAGUGAUGAGAACAUGUACAAAAGUGUUACUGCUGCCUCCCAUACAAGUUUCCAAUAACAAAGUUUCUGUGGCCGAUCCACCGGCAACAUUCACGGUCAGUGGCCACAAUCACGCGCUCAAGCUGGUCAAAAUGACCACAUCACCGGGCCUGAAACUUGAAAUGACCUCCAAGGAUGGUGAGAUCACGGUCACGGUCACCGUCAAGAGUGAAACGGUGGCGUGUGGUGUUGGACACGUGCAUGUGUCAUCAAGACUAACCGCACAAGAUAUAACAGUUGAAGUUGAAAGGGAAUGUGAUGUUGCGUGCGGGACUUUGUUGGGUGCGAUAUUCUCACUUCUGAAACCGUAUCUCUCUACGUUGAUAACCGUUAUUGCUAUCGCCGCCGCAUAUUUGUAUGUUCAACAACGUCUCCAAAGUAAAGGCCAGAUCCGUAUGCCUAUAGACCCGGCAAUGCAGACUGUACUACCGCAGGAGUCACCGAGCCGAGUGCAGCGGUCGCGUACUUGGUCGCGGAGUCCUUAUGCAUCGGGUGGGCCAAAUGUAACCCACGUGCCUGAUGUUCCUGUAUACGGAGAUGCCAGUGUGUUGCCAGACAACAGUUUCUCGCCAAAUUCCACAAGGACACACUCUAGGUUCCUAUAG